AUGACUGCUUGGAGCUGCCUGGUGACAGGAGCAGGAGGCUUUCUGGGCCAGAGGAUCAUCCAAUUAUUGAUGCAGGAGGAGGGACUGCAGGAGGUCAGAGCCCUGGACAAAGCCUUCAAAGUGGAAUCCUGGAAGGAAUUCUCUAGUUUGCAGACAAAGAUCAAGGUGACAUUGUUGGAAGGAGACAUUUUGGAUGCCUAGUGCCUGAGGAGAGCCUACCAAGGGAUCUCAGUUGUCAUUCAUACAGCUGCUAUUAUUGAUAUCUUGGGCAUCAACAGAGAGACCAUCAUGAAUGUGAAUCUUAAAUGUACCCAGCUCCUGUUGGAGGCCUGCAUCCAAGCUAGUGUGCCAGUUUUCAUCUACACCAGCUCAGUAACUGUGGCUGCACCUAACUCCUAUAAGGAGAUCAUCCAGAAUGGUCACGAGGAAGAGCAUCAUGAAACUAUGUGGACUGCUCCAUACCCAUACAGCAAAAAGCUGGCUGAGAAGGCUGUGCUGGCAGCUAACGGGAGCACUCUGAAAAAUGGGGACACUUUGUGGACUUGUUCUUUAAGGCCCACGUACAUCUAUGGGGAAGGAAGCCCUAUACUUUCUCAUCUUGUGAUGGAGACCCUCAAAAACAAUGAAAACCUGAGAAGAAUAGGCAAGCAUUCUGAAGUCAAUCCAGUCUAUGUGGGCAACAUGGCCUGGGCACACAUUCUGGCCUCCAGGAGCCUGUGGGACCCCGAGAAGGCUGCAAGCAUUGGAGGACAGUUCUACUACAUCUCAGAUGACACACCUCACCAAAGCUAUGAUGAUCUUAAUUACAACCUGAUCAAAACAUGGGGCUUCCAGCCUGAUUCCAGGCAGAGCCUUCCUCUCUCUCUGAUGUACUGGCUUGCCUUCCUGCUGGAGGCAAUGAGCGUCUUCCUGAGUCCCAUUUACAAAUAUCAGCCCCCCUUUGACCGCUAUUUACUGACAUUAACAAAUGUUAAUGUGUUUACCUUCUCCUACAAGAAAGCUCAGCGAGAUCUGGGUUAUAAGCCUUUAAACACCUGGGAAGAAGCCAAAGAGAAACCUGUGGAGUGGAUUGGUUCACUAGUGGAAAAACACAAGUGA